AUGUAUUUCCACAUUAGGGACUCAGAUAACCUGGGACUGACAGGUAGUUAUCCUGAGGUGGAGCAGACGACUCGAGGUAGUUAUCCCGAGGUGGAGCAGACGACUCGAGGUAGUUAUCCCGAGGUGGAGCAGACGACUCGAGGUAGUUAUCCUGAGGUGGAGCAGACGACUCGAGGUAGUUAUCCUGAGGUGGAGCAGACGACUCGAGGUAGUUAUCCUGAGGUGGAGCCGACAACUCGAGGUAGUUAUCCUGAGGUGGAGCCAACUCCAGUUAGCUGCUGCUUUGAAUUCUUCAGCGGACGAGUACCUCUAAAAGACAUAAAGGGAUACAGAAAGUCACCCCCCACGUGUCCUGUUGAAGCCAUUGUAAUAUUCACAACUACCACCCUCUGUGUUGAUCCAGAUGCUGCAUGGGUGAAGAGACUUUUGAUAACCCUCGAUGAAAAUGGAAAAGGAGUGAAUCCUGAUGAUUCUCAUUCUACUCCUGCACCAGGAAGUGAAUCUGCAACAAUGGACUGGGUUGAACUGGGAUUGACGACCCAAGGUAAUCCUCCUGAACUGGAGCCAAUGACUUCAAGAAGUCCCCCUAAACUGGUACUGACCGCUCCAUGUUGCCCUCAGAAACUGAAAUCGAUGGGUCCUGACAACUGCUGCUUCUCGUUCUACCCAAGAAGACUGAACAAAAAUCACAUCAGCUCAUAUGUCAUGACUGAUUUCCGAUGCCCAAAGGCUGCAGUCAUAUGUAGAGUAUAUCUGGGGCGGCAGUAG